UUUAUUUUAUUAUUCUAACCAUUGACUUUUGUAGAACAUUUUCAACAUGCUUUUGGUUCAAUUUUCUUGGUAUAAAAUCUACUAUUUGCUAAUUGCCCAGCACUAAACCCACAUUCCGUUCUCAAUUGCUCAUAGUUAAUUUGACGAAUAUCGACUUUCAGUUGUCGGGUCACUUGUGUGUGCUGACUGAUCCGCAAGAGCUGAAUGAAUGCAGGCUAUCUGUUCUACGACUACGAGAUAAGAUUAUGAGCCCUUUUUCCUAUGCAAGCCUAAAGCCAAGGUAGCCUACAAUAUGUGUCCACACAAAUCGAUAGAUAGGAUAUGACAACGAAGAGUGCGUAACAUGAUCACCGAGUCUUGGAUACAGCAUCUUCAAGUAGUAGCCUACAAUAUUUGAAACUAAACCGCGCGAUGUAUGAGGAAGCUUCAGGACCCAUCCCACUGUAGUCGGAGCUGCAGUCACUUGCCUCCUUUUGCGCACGCCUUGGACAUAAGGAUAACGUCUGACGUUUCUCCAGUAACCUACAGCCUACAUGCAUGUUUGUGGUGCUGAUUUUAAACCGACGGGACUGUUUCGUGAGACGUAAAUUGUCAUUUUGUGGGAUCAGAAUAAAACAUUUUGAAUGGCUCGUUUCAACUUGAAAUUCAAGUACGAGGGACGUUAGUAUGCAGCACCGUCUGUGAAGUUCGGACAACCAACAGGGAUAUGUAACCGAAAUAUGACAUGUUUUUUUUUUGCAAACCUGCCUUGUUUUAAAUUAUCUGCGUUGAGGAAUAUGAAUGCCAUAUCCUUAAAACAUAAAGGUAGGCUACAUGCUUAGACCAGAAUACGCUUUUUGAUAGCCUUGUCCAUCAACAUGUGGCACUUUGAAGGUCUGUAGACAUUAUUAUGAUGAAUCAAGAAGCAACUACUGAAAGGAUCAUGUGUAAUAAUUCACACUAAUAUGAAAACACCUUAUUGUUAUAAUGGAUGAGAAAUCCAAUAAGCUGAUCUUAGUUCCUAUUUUAGCUGUUCUUUUUGUAAUGAUAGGCUAUCAAUAUAUCUGUCCAGCUGGCAGCAACUCUUGCCACUUUAAGACUGGGGAAAAAUUGAGAGGGGCCAGUCAACUUUCUACCCAAUAUCGGGCAACCGAAGACUUUUACACAGAACUGGAGGAUGACAGCCCACCGAAAUUGCCGUCAAAAUUCAACUUUACUGAACGAGACCUUCAGCGGCACGUGGAUUUCAACAUCAAAGGAGACGAUGUGAUAGUGUUUUUACACAUUCAAAAGACUGGUGGAACCACGUUUGGAAGGCACUUAGUUAGGAAUAUUCGUUUGGAGCAGCCAUGCGACUGUAAAUCAGGGCAGAAGAAAUGUACAUGCCACCGACCUGGCAAAGACGAGUCCUGGCUGUUCUCUCGGUUCUCUACAGGCUGGAGCUGUGGUUUGCAUGCGGACUGGACAGAGCUUACCAACUGUGUGCCUGUCAUAAUGGACAAGAAGAAAGCUCAAAAGAACAAAAGGAACUUCUACUACAUAACCAUGCUGCGUGACCCUGUCUCCCGCUACCUGAGCGAGUGGAAGCACGUGCAGCGCGGCGCCACCUGGAAGACCUCCCUGCACAUGUGUGACGGGCGCUCGCCCACGCAGGACGAACUGCCCACCUGCUACAGCGGCGACGACUGGUUGGGCGUCACCCUGACCGAGUUCAUGGACUGCCCGUCUAACCUAGCCAACAACCGGCAGGUGCGCAUGCUGGCCGACCUCAGCCUGGUGGGCUGCUACAACCUGUUAUCCAUGAACGAGAGUGAGCGCAACCACAUUCUGCUGGGUAGUGCCAUGAACAACCUGAAGAACAUGGCCUUCUACGGACUGACCGAGUUCCAGCGCAAGACGCAGUACCUGUUUGAGAGGACGUUUAGCCUGCGCUUCAUCGCCGCCUUCACGCAGAUCAACAGCACGCGCGCCGCCAACGUGGACCUGAGCGAGGUUGUGCGCCGCCGCAUCGAGGAGCUAAACUACCUGGACGUGCAGCUGUACGAGUACGCAAAGGACCUGUUUCUCCAGCGCUUCCAAUACACCCGCCAGCGCCAGCACCAGGAGGAGCGAUUGAAGAGGCGCGAGGAGCGCCGUUGGCUGCGGGAGCAGAGGGAGCAGAGCAGGGACUCUCUCCCCAAACGACAGGUGGGCGGGGGAGGGGGCGGAGACGAGCUGGCCACCACCACCGAAGACUACACCAGCCAGGUGGCUCGCUGCUUUGGGCCCUCGUGCUCACGACGUCACACUCCGUGGUUUGCCAUGUUUGUGGAGCCCACGCCAACAGCACUGUUGGAUCAGCUAAUCUGAUGUGUUGUUCUGUUAUGAGCAAUCCAACUCUCCAAUGACAAUAUUUUCAUUCAAAUAUUAAUUUACUUCUGAUUUGAUAGUUCUGUCUGAUCACUGAGCACAGUUUUGGUCCAUUAACCUUAACCUGUGAGUGGAAUUGUUUAUGUUGUUUACGUUAGUUUGUAUCCAAUUAGUAGAUUUACUGUAAUGUAAUACUAAUCCAUGAUCCAUAUUAGGCCUGCGCUUGGACUAAAAAGCCUGCUAAAUUAAUCAUCUCUAUUGAAAGUGCUUUUUUGACCAAGAAUACGCAGGAUCUGGUUGCGGGGAAACUAGUCCUUUGCGUUUUAGAUAAUUGUUUGAGCUAAUAAAUUAUUAUACUGGUAUGUGUGUGUGUGUGCUCUCAUGCAUGUGUGUGUUUUUGUCAUCAUUGUAUAUUGGUUACAAUGCCAUUGAGCUAACACACCUACUAUGUUAAUACAUUACCUCAUCAUUUUCAAAUCAACAUUAUGGAUACAAUACCAUGAGUGUUUUUUCACUUUUCUUUCAAAAGGUUGGAAUGUGCUGUGAAUAAAUCGCCCUGACAAAAACAACAUCUUAUUUUCAUGUAGUUGUUAUCUGCUCAAACUUACAGUAAUGUGAUGUAUAUAUUGAUGCAAAGUCUGGAAAGUCUGAAAUUAAUAUUUCAAAACCUAUGAUCUCUGUGUAAAUGAAGUGAUGAAACUGGACCUAAAAAGGUCAUGUCACACUAGAUAUUGUACUGCCAUUCCCUAAUCCCUGUGAUAGGCCAUGUUGUGAAAGAGUGAUUGGAAUAAACUUCAACUGUCAUUCAA